AAUCUUUCAAAGCACACCUAAAGCCUUUGCUCACUCGUUUAUACAAAUUUUCUGCUGCUAUACUAUUUAAUAAAACCACAACUAUGGCAGAAGAGAAGCACCACCACCACCCCUUCCACCACCACAAGGAAGGAGAGGAAGCUGUUGACCACAGAAAGGAGGAGAAGCACCACAAGCAUCUUGAGCGCCUGGGUGAACUAGGUGCUGCUGCUGCUGGCGCUUACGCCUUGCAUGAGAAGCACGAGGCAAAGAAAGACCCAGAGCAUGCCCAUACGCACAAAAUAAAAGAAGAGGUAGCUGCAGCAGCCGCAGUAGGAGCUGGGGGAUUUGUCUUCCAUGAGCAUCAUGAGAAGAAAGAAGCGAAGAAAGAGGAUGAAGAAGCUCAUGGAAAGAAGCACCACCAUCUCUUUUAACUCUAUAUGUGUGUGUUUGUGUGUUCAUGUUUGUUAAUUAUCUAUCAGUUAAUCGAGUUGGGUUUGAAAGCUUUUCCAUUGCCUGUUCAUCUCUGCAACAGUUGCAUGUUAAUUAUAAGCUUCUUAUAUGUAUUAUCUGACAUAUUAAAUACUAUUGAAUUUUAAUUUCAGAUGUUUCUGCAA